AUCAGCGGUUUUUAUUUUUUGUAAAAAUAUUAAAAUUUGCAUUCUUUUUUGGUAAAUAAAACUGGGUAUUCUUAGUUUCUGGUUAAUUCAGAGGCCUUGAGGUUGUUGAAGAUAUAAUCAUGGCCCAUCCCACAGAUUAUAGAUUAUGUAGUCCUGGCUUAGUUAGGUUAGUUUUGUUUCUGCUGGCCUUGUGUUUGGUUGGUUAUAGUGUUAGAAGACAGCUCUUCUGGCACUUGAGUGGAAGAGGCUCAUGUCCUCGGUGUGAUUGUGAUUGUUCUCCUAAAUCCACUCUUCCGCUGCCUGUUGGGAUUUCUGACAGCUCAUUAUCAGACUGUGGGAAAGAUGAUCCAGAGAUGAACGCGGAAAUGACCAAGGACAUUAUAACUUUACUUACAGAGGAGAUCAGCUUACAUAAAAGUGUAAGUGAAGAUAACUUGGCACACACCAAGGCACUGAUUAUGGAUGCAAGGAAAAGCUCUUCGCAAUAUCAAAAAGAAGCAGAGAAAUGCAAUACAGGGAUGGAAACUUGCGAGGAAGCAAGGGAAAAGGCCGGGGCUGCACUUUCUGAAGAGCGUAAGCUCUCAGCAUUGUGGGAGAAUCGAGCGCGUAAAAAUGGAUGGGUGGAUUGAAGAUGAUACUGAAUCUUCUUCAGUAAUUCUGUAGUAUGAUGAUUGAUUAAGGUUUUUCUGACAAAAAAAGUCAGAUAGUUGUAUUCUGUCUUCUCAUUUAGUAAAUAUCCAAAUGAAUGUAAACCUUCAAUCCUCCUGGCAGCAA